UUUCUCGGUAAGGAGAGGGACUAGUCGGCACACUUUUGUGCUUUUGUGAGAAUAUUUGCGGAGGUUUCGGUGCAACGCGUAGCUGGUGUGAAACUUUUCGACCGUAGGACGCAGAGCAUCUCCUCCCCAGGUCGAGUUCCUUCAUCUAACCAUCGCGCGCAAUACUUGGGUGAAACUUGGGUCGUCAUGCUGUAGAAGCGUCUCUACAAGUGUAAGAGCGGCGUGGGAAUUCACUUUGCGGUCCGUGUGAGUGGGACCAUGCAACAACACAACAGAGAACGGAAUAACCUGAGGCUGCUGCUCCUGAGCCUCUCCGUUGCCAUCAUCGUCUCAGGAGUGAACGCAGGUGGGAAGAAGCACAGUGGCCCCUGUGGAGGAAGAGACUGUAGCGGAGGCUGUCAAUGUUUCCCCGAGAAGGGUUCCAGGGGUCUCCCCGGGCCACUUGGUCCACAGGGAAAUCUUGGGCCUCCAGGGAGACCAGGUGAUCAGGGCAUCCAAGGACCAAAAGGGCAGAAAGGUGACAGCGGACCCGGUGGUUUCAUGGGUCCCAAAGGAAGUGUGGGAAUGACCGGUGUACCUGGGUUCUCUGGAAACAAUGGUAUUCCUGGACACCCCGGACACGGAGGACCCAGGGGGAAGCCAGGUGCAGACGGCUGUAAUGGAACUCAUGGAGAUCCUGGCUUCCCGGGGCAACCCGGCUUUGAUGGCAGACCUGGCUUUCCCGGUGGGGCAGGUAGGAAAGGAGAGAAGGGAGACACUCUGGAUAUCAGUGUGUACAUGCAACGUUUCAAGGGAGAACAAGGCUCCCCAGGAUAUGGUGGAGUAACUGGGCCUUCAGGAAACCCAGGAAGACAGGGUGAAAUAGGCUUGCCGGGACCAAAGGGUCCUCCAGGGCCUCCAGGGCCCCCUGGACCAAAGGGUACUAUGACCAAAGUGAUUAAAGGAGUCAAAGGAGACCAGGGGGAAACUGGACGACCAGGGCCACCAGGAAACUCUACUCACCUAUUUGUUUUGCCCUCACCUGUGCGACCCGGACCUCCUGGAGAACAAGGCGAGAAAGGAGAAAGAGGAGAUCUGGCGGACAACAGAGGAGAAACAGGUGUAAUGGGAUUCCCUGGACCACGGGGUGAGUCUGGAAGAACGGGGGAACCAGGACCAAGGGGCGAUUUUGGUGACCCAGGGCAACCAGGCAGACCUGGUAUUAAGGGAAUCAGAGGUGACGCCGGAGAACUGAUUUCAACAGAACCCUCUUGGUCCUCAGACGUUGGUCUCCCUGGUGAACAGGGUCCACAAGGAGAGAGGGGUCCAACAGGAGAACCAGGCUUCCCUGGACCUCCUGGUCGUCCUGCCUCUGAAUCACAGGAUCAAGUGUUGGAUUUCUUUGGGCCUUUCGGUUACAAGGGUGAGACAGGAGAGAAGGGCCAGCAAGGGGAACCAGGACUCCCUGCAUUACGUGCAGGACCCCCGGGAACCGACGGGCGCCCAGGAGAAAGGGGUCCUCCCGGACCCAAAGGAACAUGGGGAGGUUACUUUAAGGGAGAGCCGGGACCAAGAGGAAGGCCCGGCAAUGCAGGCAUCAAAGGACCGAAAGGUGAUCACGGAGAAUGCAACUGCACGAUCAUAAACUCCCCAGCUGGUUUACCCGGCUCCGCUGGCAAUACAGGUGAUGCCGGGAUGGUUGGAGAGUUUGGUCAGCAGGGUGAUCAAGGAGAACCAGGUGUCCCAGGCGAAAAUGGGUUCCCCGGACCUGCUGGGCUCAAUGGUGUGCCAGGUCCAAAAGGCAGAAAAGGGGACACAGGUGUUGCCACACAGAAAGGAUAUCCUGGAGAUCCAGGAGAUCAAGGAAGAAAUGGUGAGCCAGGAAAACCAGGAAAUGAAGGGCCAAGUGGUCUACCUGGUUUCCCUGGCACCCAAGGUCUUACAGGAGACCGGCCCUGGGGACAACGUGGAGACAAAGGUUUGCCAGGUUUUCCUGGUCCACCCGGUGUAGCCGGGCUGAGGGGAGAACCUGGUCCAGAUCUCUUGGGCUUAAAAGGUCAGCGUGGUUUACCUGGUGACGACGGCCUCGCUGGCUAUGAUGGAGUUCCCGGAUCACCUGGCAGUCCAGGCGGCUGUAUUACAGCAGGAGAAGAAGGACAGGUGGAUGUAACAGGUAGCCUUUGUGAAGCUAUUCCAGGACCUCCUGGGCUGCCUGGACCUCCAGGACCCAGUGGAAAACCAGGUGCACCAGGUCCUUCUGGCCAAAAAGGAUUCCAGGGUUUACCUGGAGUAGGGGGAGAGAAAGGAGAACAAGGAGACAGAGGCCCAGGUGGCCGUCCUGGGCCACCAGGUUUUCCAGGCCCCCGUGGAGACCUUGGUAUUCCUGGCAGGAAAGGAUCGGUAGGAAAUCCUGGUUUGCCUGGUGUACCUGGCAGGGAUGGGGCACAAGGUGAGAAGGGUGGCCAUGGAGAAAUCUUAGGAGCAUCUCCUGGACCACCUGGAGACCCAGGGCCUCCUGGGCUGCAGGGCAGUAAAGGUCCAGCUGGAGAAUCAGGCGAGCCGGGCUAUCCAGGAAUGCUCGGCAUGCCUGGUAUGAUUGGCUUCAAGGGUGAAAGUGGCCCUACCGGCCUGCAGGGAGAGGAAGGAAGGCCUGGGCCAGCGGGCAAGUUUGGCUUCCCUGGUGAUCCUGGAAGAGCUGGUCCACCUGGGCCACAUGGUUCCACUGGGCAGCCAGGUGUUUCUGGAGAGAGGGGAACCGAAGGUGACCCAGGUCCUCCAGGUCCAAUAGGACUAAAAGGUGUCCCAGGAACAUACGGUGAGGACGGUGUUACCGGAGAGUACGGCACAACAGGUGACCCAGGACAGCCGGGGCCAGGUGGACGCCAAGGACUUCCCGGAAUGAAGGGAAAAAAGGGGUCUUCAGGCAUGUCAGGUUUUGAGGGGAUCAAAGGUGAUGUGGGGGUAAAGGGCUUCAGUGGGGUGAAAGGAGAGCAUGGCGUGCCGGGCCAAGUUGGUCAAAAAGGAGCGACAGGCCAAAGCGGACAGAAAGGUGAUCGUGGUUUGGUCGGACCUCCUGGGGAAAAGCCUCACAUCCCUACUCAGGUUAUUGCUGUCAUGAAGGGAACAAAAGGAGACAUAGGAUUUCAAGGAGAUCCGGGUAUCACAGGGCAAAGAGGUGUUAAGGGUUUGCCCGGUGUGCCAGGCUUCGAGGGAAGUCACGGGCUUCCUGGAGACCCCAGCAAUGAGAAAGGUUUGCCUGGAACUCCUGGAGCACAGGGGCUGCCUGGGAUCAAAGGAAUGCCAGGGCUGACUGGAAAUCGAGGAAUUUCUGGGUUUGAUGGGAUGCCUGGCAACAAGGGAAUUAAAGGAAGCCCCGGUGCCUACGGUGCAUCCGGUGACAAAGGAAAGAAGGGAGUCAAAGGUGAAAAAGGACUUCGUAUAGACCUUCCAGGAACUCCUGGAUUGAGAGGAGAGACGGGAUUCCAAGGAGAACCAGGCGAGAAAGGAUUAUUUGGAACAACUGGAGACAGGGGGAUAUCUGGUUUUGAUGGUAUUGAAGGGAAAAAGGGGGCGUCUGGUGAUCCUGGAAGUCAAGGAUACCCAGGCUCAGACGGCCAGACGGGAACUCCUGGUAACCAAGGUCAAAAGGGCUCUCCUGGAGUUCCUGGAAGAGAUGGACAGCCAGGUUCCCCUGGCUUCCAAGGAGUCAAAGGUUAUCCUGGCCUGAAGGGUCUUUACGGAUUAGACGGACUGAAAGGACAAAAGGGUAUCUCAGGAGCACCAGGUCUGGACAUUUUUGGAACUCCUGGAGAGACAGGCCUUAAAGGAGCGAAAGGAGAGAGCGGUGACCCCAACAAUGAGCAGGGUGCUCCAGGCAUUGAGGGUUUGAAAGGCUUCCAGGGGGUUCAAGGGGACCGAGGUGAACCUGGACCCCCAGGAUUCCGAGGCCUCGUAGGACCUGAUGGAGUCCCAGGAAGACCAGGAGCUCCGGGGGAUCCUGGCCUCCCAGGACCUACAGGAUACCAAGGUUCUCCUGGUGCCAGAGGAUACCCUGGUGUGGAUGCUCCCCCCGGGGAGAAGGGUAUAGCAGGAUUCAAUGGCUUUCCUGGAUUACCUGGCAGGAAAGGAUUCAAAGGAGAUCAAGGUCAAUUUGGAUACAGGGGGCCUGAUGGAGUUUCUGGGAUAAAAGGAGUGAAAGGAGACCAAGGCGAUAUGGGAUUUGUUGGCUCGACUGGUAUAAAAGGAGAAAGAGGACCAGUGGGUCCUAAAGGAAACACUGGACUCCCAGGUGUUGUUGGGAUCCCUGGCAGCCAGGGUCCUCCUGCAAUUCCUGUCAAACUUCCAGGAGAGAGGGGUCCUCCUGGGCCUCGGGGUAUACAAGGACCAAAGGGUGUUAAAGGGACACCGGGGCCACAUGGCCCCACUGGGGACGCAGGGUUCUUGGGACCCUUUGGGGAAAAAGGCAUGCCGGGGAUUAGUGGCACCCCAGGAACGCCUGGAUUCCAUGGAGAUGUUGGACAAAUCGGCCACCGUGGUCUACAAGGCAUGGAAGGUGACCGUGGCCGCCCUGGUAUCACUGGGUUACCCGGUAUGCCUGGCCGCAGUGUCAGCGUGGGCUACUUGCUGGUGAAACACAGUCAGUCAACUGAGACACCCAUGUGUCCAGUGGGUAUGUCUAAACUGUGGGACGGUUACAGCUUGCUGUACCUGGAGGGCCAGGAAAAGGCCCAUAACCAGGAUCUUGGUUUGGCUGGCUCCUGCCUCCCCAAGUUCAACACCAUGCCCUUCCUGUACUGCAACCCCGGAGACAUAUGUUACUACGCCAGCAGAAACGAUAAGUCCUACUGGUUGUCCACGACCGCCCCUCUCCCGAUGAUGCCUGUAGAAGAGGGAGAGAUCAAACCCUACAUCAGCCGCUGCUCAGUGUGUGAGGCUCCGUCGGUCGCCAUAGCGGUUCACAGUCAGGACAUCACCAUCCCGAUGUGUCCCCAGGGCUGGCGCAGCCUGUGGAUCGGCUACUCCUUCCUCAUGCACACAGCGGCGGGAAGCGAGGGCGGAGGUCAGUCCCUGUCAUCACCCGGCUCCUGCCUGGAGGACUUCCGCACGACACCGUUCAUCGAGUGCAACGGGGCCAAAGGCACCUGUCACUACUUCGCCAACAAGAACAGCUUCUGGCUAACCUCCAUAGACAAGUCGUUCCACGCCGAGCCAGCAUCAGAGACGCUCAAAGCGGGCCAGCUGCUGUCGCGCAUCAGCCGCUGCCAGGUCUGCAUGAAGAACUUGUGAGGGACUCGCAGCAGGUGGACGCUGGCAGAAAGAAGUCGCUCCGUUAGCGGCGGUGUAGUGUCAUCUCUCCAUCCGUGCACUAAACCCAUGAAACAGCGUUGGAUCUGAAACACUCGCUUAGAUCAGUGUCAGUGGAAAACUUUCAAAACUUGAUCCACAGAGCUCAGAUAUACAGUGACUGUGUGAUGCCUGGAGAUCCACUGUAGAUAAAACAGGAGAAGCCCCACAACGAAAAAAAAAAAAUCUGCACUGUGGCAAAUAUGUUUGUGUUAAAUAUGGUUUGGUGCUUACUUUUUUUUUUUUUUUUAACUUAUUACCUCAUCUACUAUGUCACAUUGUUAACUACCAGAGACCUACACUACAGCUCAACCAAAGAUGCACAUUUAUAUAUAUAUAUAUGCACCGCUUCUGAUUUACUACAUGUUUCUUUAUCGUUUUAGGUUUAGGGUUAAAGCCACUAACACUGCUUCUCUGAAUAAUUUAAAGGUAAACGGUUGAUACUAUUGACAGUAUUAUCCUGCUUUGACUUCAUUGCUCUGAAAAACUAUUUUUUAAUAAAGUUACAGUAAGCUGUUAACUUGUUACGCAUAUUCAACUACUGCAAAUGUCAUCUAUAUAUAUAUUUUUUCCAUUUACCAUAUGAUCACAGCAAUGCACUGAUUCUUCUUCUUUCUUGUAGUUUUUUUUUGGUCUGAAUAGACUUGACCCCCCGUGAAUGUGUCUUAAAUGUUUGUCUUAUCUAAUACUCGCCACACCCCAGGACAACAGGACAUGUUUUCAACAACUAUAAACACUUUGGAUCAGAGGUCUGACCUUGCCCCGGUCUGAUCCCGAGUUAAUGUUUAACAGUUUAGAAAGUAGGUCACCAACUCUGCUCCGUAUCUCUGAAAGUAAACAGAUCGAUAAGACCAGGAAAAUUAGACAACAUAAUUUUUAAUUGUAAUAUAAUUAUGGUUAUUUUCAUUACAUGAUCGAUUCAUUGGAUUGUAAAGAUUAAAUGUUGUUUGUUAUA